ACCUCCAGUUCACGUAUAACAAUAAACAACCCAGAAACAAGGGAUACGCGUUAGGACCUGUCGCUUGAAUCCGAGACAGAUGUGGUCGGAAAAUGUGAACUUAAACAACAAAUAGCAAGUGAACCAUCUCGUUAAGCCCGCCUGGAUUCUUCACGGUCCUGAACACAAAGGAUUUUCGAGUUUUGGUGUCAAGAAACCAAAAGAGUGACGGUUCACCCCCUUCCCUAGCCCCUCUUUAGCUAACACUAGCUCAGUCUUUGCUUGCACACUUUUGUUGGUUUGUUAUGCAGUGGCCAGAGGACUGUUCUCGCGUGUGUUCUCCUCUGCCACCUCUUUGUUCCCUCACUCCCCUGUCUCCAGCCCCAUGUCUCGCUGGCUCUUCCCUUGGUCAGGCUCGAUCAAGAAGCGGGCCUGUCGGUACCUCUUGCAACACUACCUCGGCCACUUCUUGCAGGAGCGACUGAGUUUGGAUCAGUUGGGUUUGGACUUGUACAAUGGCAGUGGUGUCAUCAAAGACAUCAACCUCGACGUUUGGGCGGUUAAUGAGUUCUUGGAAUCUCUCGGUGCCCCUCUGGAGAUUGUGGACGGAUUCGUGAGCAGCAUAGCAGUGACCAUUCCCUGGCAAGCCCUUGUGACAGAUCACUGCACAUUAGAAGUAACUGGCCUUCAGAUAACAUGCCGACCCAAGUAUCGAACCAGCGGGAGUUGGGACUCCCAGGGAUGGUCGUCCAGUAUGACCUCCAGCAUGCAGCUGGCUCAGGAGUGUCUGAAGGACCCCCCAGAGACGUCGGAGGAGCCGCCCGCUCCGCUGGAAGGACUGGAGAUGUUCGCACAGACCAUCGAGACAGUCCUCCGUCGCAUCAAAGUCACCUUCGUGGACACCAUCGUCCGCAUCGAGCACCAGCCCCUGGACCUGGAGACGGGCGUCGCCUUGGAGAUGCACAUCAAACGGCUAGAGUACUGUGACGAGGCGGUGCGAGAGCCAGCCGGGCAGAACGCCGUGCCUGUGGACAUCCACCAGCCCCCGGCCUUCCUGCACAAGAUCCUUCAGCUCAGUGCCGUGCAGCUCUUCUACGAGAGCACUGGCACACACCAGGGCCCCGCUCCCCCCACCCCCCAAGGCUCUGCAGCUGCUAGUGAAGGAGAGGAGGAAGAUGAGGAGGAGGAGGAGGGGGAUGAUGAUGAGGAAGAUGAGGAGGGAGAAGAAGAAGAGGAAUCGCCCUCCAAGGUGCCUUCCCGUCCCGCCCAGCAGCCCCUCCUCAUAGGAAGCUGCUCAGGCUUCAUCGAGACCAUGGUCAAAAUCAAACAGAACGACAUGCUGCCCGGACCAAAGUUGGAGCUGGAUGGGAAGGUGGGCUGCCUGCACCUGCUGCUGUCCCCGGAUCAGAUCAUCCACCUGACAGACCUGAUGGCCGCUCUCUGCAUAGACACCGAGCCAGAGAGUAAGGGCCCCGGGGUCCACAGCCAGCCCCUGGAGCCCGACGACCUGCGUCUCAUCGAGGAGGACCUCAGCAAACAGCUGGACUCCAGCCCCCGGGACCGGGACUGGGACGAGGACGGAGAUAUGGACCCCUUCCUCUACGGGAUGGAGAACGGAGACAUGUUCUACUCCAUGGGUCCCGGGGUGAUGAGCGUCAGUGUGACGUCGGCGCGCUCCGGCAGUGAGCUCUCCGACAGCGACAUGGAGUCCUCAACGCUCAGCCUGAACAGCCUCUCACAGCCGGCCCAGGGCAUGUCAAACUACCCCAGACGUUAUCCUGUAGCAGGUUCCAUGUCCAGCCUAUCCCAGGCCAGCAGUCGCCCCAGAGGCCGCUCCCACAGUGGCCAGUCCGAGCCCCUGAAGCCAGACGCCUUGCUGCGGCUGUCGCUGGGCGGCCUCACCCUGACCCUGCUGCAGGAGGACCCGCCCCCGGCCGCCGCCGGAGCCCCCUCAUUGGCCCAGGUGUUCUUCCGGGAGCUGGCCUUCUUCAAGGACAGCAUGUUCAGCGAGAGGGACUUCACCCAACUCCGGAGCAGCUUCGCCAAGGCCUGCCCCCACUCCAACAUCAGGCUGACGGGGGCGGCGGUGCAGGUGGCGUGCGAGACGAGGAGCGGCGGGCGCCACAGCCGAUCGGUGACCUCUGACCUGUCGUUCAGCCGGCUGGAGCUGCUGGAGUGUCUCUGGGGGGACGGAGGGCCGCAGUACUGCCAGUUGCUCCAGUUCCAGAAGGCAGGUCUGUUCACUCUGGGUACUGCUCCCCGACCCUGUGCUAAGCUGCACUACGGCCUCACUGAGAAACAGCAGCGCAAGGGCCGACAGAGGGUGGUGCGCCGGGACAGCGUGGUGAAGGUGGAGCUGGCGGAGCUGAGCGCGGAGCUGGACCUGGACGUCCUGAGUCGCCUGGGGAGCCUAAGCAGGGCCUUCAGCCACUGUCCCACACAGAACCCCCAGCCUGCAGCCACACAGGUCCUCAGCAGCGAGCUGUACUCCUCCUUCUCCCUGUCGUCUCCGCACGCCGUCCUGCGGCUCCGCUUCCCCGUGCCCGACCUGCGGCCUCCGCCGGAGAGGCGCCCGCCUACCCAGAAGGCAGUGCGGCAGGAGACCCUGGUGCUGGAGCUCUCUGACCUGGAGCUCCGGCACCAGGAGGCGCCGGACCUGCAGGGGGAGCCGCGGGCGCAGCCCCCCGGGCAGCCCCCCGCCGAGGCCCACUGCCUCACCCAGCUCCUCGAGGCCUCCUUCAGCGACCUGCUCGGGUCCUAUGAAGGCUGGGAGGGAGACCCCUUCCCCUGUAUCAGGGUGCAGAAGAACGGUGAAUCUCUUCCCAGGCUAUCGGUGCGUGUGAGUGGGGGGGACACCCUGGUCUCGGGGCCCGGCGGGGGGCUGGGCUGCUUGGCCCGGGACCUGGCCACCAUGUCGUUCGAGAGCCCGUGUGACAUCGGCGACAAGACCAGCUCCCCCUUCUCCUCCAACCGCACCAUGUUCGAGACCGAGGAGAUGGUGAUCCCCGCUGACCCAGAGGAGAUGCUUCAGUUCCAGGCCCACUGUGUGGCCCACUGCCGCUGUGCCAUGGACAUCAGCCUGCCACUCGCUUACAUCCUCCUGCCCAGCAAGCAGGCCUUCCAGAGCCUCUACAACAGGAUCAACAAUGACCUCUUAAUGUGGGAGCCCCCUCCUCCACCCCCGCCCCCUCCUCACUCUGACCUCCUCCACCCCGCUGCUGCCCACCUCAACCGCCGUCACCACGACAACGAGUUCCAGCUGUGCAAGUCGGCCUUCAGGCUCGAUUCUGAUUCGGAAGAGGAGGAAGCUCCUUUCUACUCGGUGGACGACUCAGCAGAGAGGAGAGCGUCCCAGCCCCGGCCGAACCACAACCUCAGCCUCCUCACACUCACUGUGGUCAUCGGCAAGGGCCGCCUCCAGGCCAUGACGGACAGGAAGGACCUCCAUCAUGGGGAGCUGGUGUUGGACCUGGAAGGAGGGAAGAUAUUCAGCGUUGCGCAGCACCAGAACAACCCAAAUCUCAACUUCCUGUGCUUGGAGAGCAAGAAAGUGGACCUUUAUCAUAAAGCUGCAGUGAAAGAGUCCCCCAUCCCAGAACGGUUGGAAAUGCCCAACUUUAGCGUUCCGAAGAACCUGGACCCAACCAUUUACCAGACGGAGGCGGGGGUGAGCAGCGUGAGCGGCAGGGAGAGCGGGCUGCAGAUGCUGUCCACGGCGAUCAAGAUCUCCCUGGACCCCAAGAGGAACGUCAAGGAGUUCCUGGUUGCUGUGCGACUUCAGGGCGCCACCAUGCGGCACUACGUGACCCAAACCGGCCACAGCUGGUACGAGCAGCUCGUUGAGUUUCUGGACGUGAUUGACGACCCCAUUCUGGGAUACACAGCGCCUGCUGUCAUUACUGUCCUCCACACUCAGCUGGCCACCUGCGCUGUGGACUACAGGCCUCUGUACCUGCCGCUGAGAGUCGUCUUCACUGCGGAGUCCUUCUCCCUGUCCAGCAACAUCAUCGUGGACACGGCCACCUUCCACCUCAGAUUCAUCCUGGAUGACUCUGCCCUCUACCUCUCGGACAAGUGUGAGAGUGACACCGUAGACCUGAGGAGAGACUACGUGUGUGUGCUGGACAUCGACCUGCUGGAGCUGGCCAUCACCACGUGGAAAGGCAGUGAAGCGGGCAAGCUGACCCAGCCUCUCUUCGAGCUGCGGUGCUCCAACAACGUGGUCCACGUGCACACGUGCGCCGACUCGUGCGCGGCCCUGGUGAACCUGCUGCAGUACCUGGUCUCCCAGGGCGACCUGCACCCGCCCCCCCGCCACACCUCCCCCACCGAGAUAGCCGGCCAGAAGUUACCGCUGUCAGAGAGCCCUGCCUGCCCGCCCCCCUGUCACCCCGCCGAGACGGCAGAGAUCAAUCAGUACGACCUGGCAGACGCCUUGAUUGACACGGAGAGGAGCCAACGGGAGGAGGGGCCAGAGUCAGGCUCCCCCUCGGUCCCGCGGGCAGACCCCGUCUCCGUCUACCUCUUCCCGGGAGAGGCCCCCAAGCGCCGGCCCUCCUUCCCGCCCGGGGACGGCGAGGAGGAGGAGGAAGAGCAGGCGGAGGAGGAGGAGCCAGACCUGGAGCUGGAUGGGCUGGUCACCACGGCAACGGAGGUCCAGGCCGACGGGUUGUCCCAGGAGGGGUCGGACGGUUCCACGGACAACGACGACUUCUGCAUCCUGGAGGCUCCGGGCGUCGGAAUACCGUCCAGGGACGGGGAGCCCGUGGUGACGGUGCUGGCCCCGGGGCCCAUCAGGGUGAAGGACGGCCACUUCUCCCGGCCGCGGGGCAGCGCCGACCUGCUGCGGGCCCCCGCCGGCUUCCCGGUCCCCCAGAGCCGCGUGGUGCUGCGGGAGGUGUCCGUGGUCUGGCACCUCUACGGGGGCAAGGACUUCGGGGGCCGGCCCCUGUCCAUACACGCCACGCAGGCUAACAGGGGUCGCUCCGUGCCGGCGGGCGUGCGCUGCUCCCCCUCCCGCUCCACCGGCCCCUCCCGACCCCAGAACUCGUGGCGCUGGGCCGGGGGCAGCGGCCGGCAGCACGCCCUCCUCAUGGAGAUCCAGCUCUCCAAGGUGUCCUUCCAGCACGAGUCCUACCCUGCGCUGGUGUCGGGGCCCGAGGCCGAGGGCCUGGGCCUGGGCGUGGGCCCCUGCCCCGGCGGGGAGCAGCCCCUCUCCAGGCAGGUGUUCAUCGUCCAGGAGCUGGAGGUCCGGGACCGCCUGGCCUCCUCCCAGCUCAACAAGUUCCUUUACCUCUACACCAGCGAGAGCAUGCCCCGACGGGCCCACUCCAACAUGCUGACAGUGAAGGCGCUACAGGUCUGCCCCGAGUCAGGCCUGGGGGGUCCCGAGUGCUGUCUGAGGGUCAGCCUGCUGCCCCUCCGUCUCAACAUCGACCAGGACGCCCUGUUCUUCCUGAAGGACUACUUCAGUAACCUGGCCUCCCUGGUGAACCCCUACCUGCCUGUCGACCCUGCAGCAGAAGUGAAGGCAGACUCCGCCCAGAGGUCGAGUGAGGAGGCGGAGUCAGGGGGCAGUCUGGGUCCUGACCUCGCGGCCUCCGUGGAAACCACCUAUAGCGAGCAGAGCUCCUCCUCUGCCGGCUCCACCUCCUCCUCUGACCAGCCAAUCUACUUCCGGGAGUUCCGUUUCAUCUCUGAGGUGCCCAUUUGGCUGGACUACCACGGCAAACACAUGGUCAUUGAGCAGGGGACGUUUGCGGGCAUCCUGAUCGGGCUGGCCCAGCUCAACUGCUCCGAGCUGAAGCUGAAGAGGCUGUGCUGCAGACACGGGCUGCUGGGCGUGGACAAGGUGAUCCAGUACGCCGUCAGCGAGUGGCUGACCGACAUCCGCAAGAACCAACUGCCGGGGAUUCUGGGAGGCGUGGGCCCCAUGCACUCUGUAGUCCAGCUGUUCCACGGCGUCAGGGACCUGUUCUGGAUGCCCAUCGAGCAGUACAGGAAGGACGGCCGAAUCAUCCGCGGGCUCCAGCGGGGGGCGGCGUCCUUCGGCACCUCCACCGCCUCGGCCGCGCUGGAGCUCAGCAACCGGCUGGUGCAGGCCAUCCAGGCGACGGCGGAGACGGUGUACGACAUCCUGUCCCCCACCCCCCCGCUGACGCGCUACAGCAUCACCGAGGGCCGGGCCCCCGCCGGCCGGCCCCGCCGCGCCGUGCAGCCCGCCGACCUGCGGGAGGGCGUGGCCAAGGCCUACGACACCGUCAGAGAGGGGGUGAUCGACGCGGCGCAGACCCUGUGCGACGUUGCGUCGCGGGGCCACGAGCAGAAGGGCCUCCCCGGGGCGGUGGGCGGCGUCCUGCGGCAGAUCCCGCCCACCGUGGUCCGCCCCCUCAUCGUGGCCUCGGAGGCCACCUCCAACCUGCUGGGCGGCAUGCGCAACCAGAUCAAACCGGACGCGCGCAAGGAGGACUUCCUGAAGUGGCGCACGGAGGAAGGCCAAGAGUGAUCUGUCUGUGUGUGUGUGUGUGUGUGUGUGUGUGUGUGUGUGUGUCACCUAUUUGUUUAUGUGGCAAGUGUUGUGUAAUGUGUGUGUGCGUGUGUGCGAUCGUAUACUCGAUUGAGUCUAACAGCAUUUGGGAAGGCGUUAAAGGGAGUGAAUUGGGCGACCAGUUGCACGUGUUUGUUUUACAGAGAAACUGAGAGUUUGUCUACUCGAAUUACUUAUGUCCAGUAUUUUACACAUCUCGCUUCCUCACAGACAUUUUGCCCCCCCACCCCCCCCAACUUCUGAUGCAAUCAGGUAGAUCCCAUCAGUCUGCAGUUAGUACACCAGUUAGUACACCAGUAUGCUCUGUCUCUCCCUGGCUCCUUUGUUACUCUUUGGUGAAUUAUGCAAACAUAUCAACACCACACUCUUGUUCCUCGUACUCCCAUCCCACACGCUGACGGCCGCAUGGGCUGUGCCCUCUGACCUUUCCCCCCCCCCCCCUCUUCACCCACCACAUGUUUAAACUGGUUCAGACGGCCCGGUGUGGAUCAGAGACGUCCUCGUAGCAGUGCGGUCGUUGUAGUGAUCUGGAGGCAGAGGGGAGCACGGUGAACUGAGAUGUCCCGCUCUGCCCCAGUGUUCCGUGCCAUAAACGCUUGCUAUAAAGUGCUCUUUUUUAUAUAAAACGAAAAGGAAAAAAAAAUGGUGGCCUUCCUUGAUCACAUUUUCUAUAACCCUCAUCCCUCGCGACUCAUGUUCAUACGCAUCGCUGAGUGGCAAACGGGGUUGUGUUCUAUUGCAGUCUUUGUCUUGUCGGCCCAUCGAAGCCAAGUGGAUUCAUGGUUUCGGUGAAAGGGGUAUCGGAGACAUUAGUGCUUCUGUUCUGUUCCCAUCGAGACCUCGAGGGCUUGGAGAGCUGUAUUAAUCGGGUCUCUUUCAAAGCUCAUUUUAGUUGCCUUCCUUCUCUUUUCUUUCAUUUGUUUUAUUCGGCCGUGAACUCUUUCUGGAUUCUCCGUUUUACACAUUGUUCUUUGUAUUAUUGUGCCGUGUAAGUCAGAAACUGUUAAGGGCUACCGAUUCCACAUUUGGCAGAUGGGUACAAAUUUCCUCAUGCUACAAAAAACUAUUUCAUGUUGUGGGGACAACAUACUUCCUCCACUCUCUGACUCCAACCUACUCGCCUUUUUAAAAAUAUUUUAAAAUAGUUUUCUCAAUAGUCCUAAUGAUUAAAUCCAGGCAUCAACACAUUUAGACAACAGCAUAGAUAUACAGAGGUGAGAAAAUGCUAUUUUAAAUUGUUGAUAGUCUGUCCUGCUAGAAUUGCCCAGUUUCAAUAUAUUGUGGCCUGUUGUACAUCGCCUACUAUAGAUCUUAUAACAAGUAACUAUUGAACCCAAACCCCUUCAAAAUGCACUGAUCAACUCGCAGUGUUCUGCUGCCUGCCACCAAUAGGUGGCGCUGUAGCAUAUUUUAAUCGCCCUUCGGCAUCCUCAUCGUAACGUCUCGCAUCGUACAACGCUUAAGAACUGGUAGCCACUGGUGUAAUGGGAUCUGGGAAUAUAGCAGGCCACGGAUUGUCAGUUCAAACAUGACUCUAGUGGUGGUCAUUUAUUUUACAUUCUCUUGUUCGCACCUGAAAUCCACUUUCAUGAUGUCACAUUAUUAGUUUCCUUGGACACAGGUGGCAUUGUGGUGCUUGGAAACCUUAAUGGCUGCUUGCAGCAAUAUUUUACUUUGUUUUGCUAUUGUAUUAUUUUGUUAAGCAUUAGUAUCAAUUGUUUUCAUAUUAAUGGAAUUGUGUAAAUCUAAGUCUGGUGGUAGUGAACGGAAAGAUAAUUGGAAGGUGUGUGUGUGUGUGUGUGUGUGUGUGUGUGUGUGUGUGUGUGUGUGUGUGUGUGUGUGUGUGUGUGUGUGUGUGUGUGUGUGUGUGUGUGUGUGUGUGUUGCAUGUUAAUGAGGGUAAUUGGUUAACUAGGCCUGUGACAGCUCUCGUGUGUAUUUACUAUAUCAUACGCGGUAUGAAUGACCUGUAUAAUACGAA